AGAACCCGGAUGUGCCCGGGCGGCCGUGUUGGCAGUCCAGGGCUAUAGGUUUGGGUGUCCUGGGGUUUCGGCUGCCGGAGCGGAUGGCGCAGAGCUGGGCCGGCUUUUCUGAGGAGGCGCUGAGGAGACUAAAGCAGACUAAAGAUCCAUUUGAACCACAGCGGCGUGCCCCUGUAAAGAAAAGUCGACAGCAGAUUCAGCGAGAAAAAGCUCUUUUAGAGCAAAGCCAAAAACUUGGACUUCAAGAUGGAUCAACCUUAUUGCCUCCAGAGCAGCUGCUUUCUGCACCGAAACAGAGAUCUAACACUCAAAAACCACUUUCUUCUCCCCCUGCUCUUCCAAGCACUCUCACCCUUAACUCUCCUGUUGGUGAUGGAAAACCUCAGUGCAUUGAAAGCCAACCAAGAGAACCAAGACUUGAGAAUUCCCAUGAUGGUCACAAAAAUGUUGAGGUUUUACCUCCCAAGCCAGAUUGCAAAUUGGAGAAAAAGAAAGUGGAAUUGCAGGAAAAAUCUCGUUGGGAAGUCCUGCAACAAGAACAACGGCUCAUGGAAGAGAAAAAUAAACGUAAGAAAGCUCUGCUGGCUAAAGCUAUCGCAGAAAGAUCUAAAAGAACUCAGGCAGAGACUAUGAAACUAAAGCGGAUCCAGAAAGAGUUGCAGGCUUUGGAUGACAUGGUAUCAGCUGACAUUGGAAUCCUUAGGAACCGCAUUGAUCAGGCCAGUCUCGACUAUUCAUAUGCCCGGAAGCGGUUUGACAGGGCUGAGGCAGAGUACAUUACAGCAAAGCUGGAUUUACAGCGCAAGACUGAGAUAAAAGAGCAACUCACUGAGCAUCUCUGUACGAUCAUACAGCAGAAUGAGCUUCGGAAGGCCAAGAAGUUGGAGGAGUUGAUGCAGCAGCUGGAUGUACAAGCUGAUGAGGAGGCUUUGGAGCUUGAGGUGGAGGUAGAAAGACUUCUUCAUGAACAAGAAGCAGAAGCAAGGAAACAAAUGGCUCAUUUGGAAAGGCCAUUUCAGCCUGCCGGGGACAGUGUGACAACAGGAUUUGCUGAUGAAAAUAAAAAGCAUCAAGAACAAACUGUUUCCCCAAAGAUAGAUGAACAGUGUGAAAAUUCUAAGAGCAUUCCUCUUCCUAGUCCAGGCUGCCCAAAUCAAGAAGUUAAUGGCAUUUCAGCUGAUGGAACCACGUGAAUUGUCAGGACUGUUUUAAACUUACAUGACGUCAAGAAAGUAUACUUACUACAAGAAAUGGUACCCUUUACCUCUGAUAAAACCGCUGUAAGACAGUGUUAAUUUUUGAACCCAUGAUUGGUUUUAGUAGGUUAACUUAUUUGGCAGUGCUGACCUCAAAUUAUGGUAAUUUUAUAUAAAAUUUAUGGUUGUGUUUCACCUUGAUUUUGGUUCAGUGCCUUCAGGGUUCCUUUUAUCCUUAUGACUGGGUGAAAAUAGGUGACUUAAAAGGAUAGGAGAAAAAGAACAUGGUUAGAGUGUUCUUAGAACAGGUAAAUAUAGAAAAGUAGAUUGAAAAGUCAUACCUAAUACCUAAUCAAACCCGUUUGCCUUCUCCUGGGAGAAGUGUUGAGAAUGGAAGUCCUAUUUUUAUGCAAUCAGUAAAAAGAAGAAUUGCUAUGUGAAAAAGCAACACAGGAAAAAGAAGUCACAGGUUGAAUUACUAGAGUUGUACAAUGCAACCUGGAAAUUGCGAUUUGUGCAAGGAGUCAGAUAACUUACGCCAGCAUUCCUUUUGUGUGCGGUUGCUUUGGAUUGUUUUAUUUUACACCCAGAUUUUUGGUUAGUCGAUACAUAGACACACAUGCAUAUAAACAUACUAGAUGUAAUUUUACAUUUAACAAGUUGUCUUAUUUUUAGUCAGUGAGUUAAUCAGUUAAAUUUAAACAAUUAAAGUUUUCUCAAGGCUGAAAAUAGUUUAGAAAAUCUUGUUGCUACUUCUUAUCCAAAUAUAUUAAUGUACUUUCUUUCUGAAGUUAUAUGUAAAGAUAUGUUCUAUUUGUUGGGCAGAAAUGAUAAAUUAUCCUGUUCUAAAGCAUUUAAAUUGGUAAAAUGCUGAUUUUGUUUCUAUUUUAAGUUUGUUAAUUACAUGUUACUAAUGCUUGACCUCUACAGUGUACUAAGUAUGAAUAUGUAAAUAUUGAAAUUUUUUCCUACAAAAUCUGUGGAUAUCAGACUAAAUUAUGAAAUAUUUAUCAGAAAAUCCAAAAAGUAAAAACAGUAUACACUUUAGUUCUUAAAAAAAAAUCAUAAAAGAAGCUAAGAGGAGGUGUUAUAGUAUAUUAUCCAUAAUAAUUUCUGAAACAGGGACAUCCAUUUUUUAAAAUGGGUUUGUUUGAGGGUAUUUUCCGGUAACCUGGAUGAGUACUUUUUUUAUAAUUUGAAGUUAAAGUAUAACUUUCCUUUACUGCCUACUCUAAACGUAAGCAUGUAUGUGAUAAUUAUGUUUUUAUUUGUGAAUGACAUACAAAGAAAAAGCUUAAUUACCCAAAACACUCUUAUUUUUCUAAGGAAUAAACAACU